AUGGAAGUUGACUACCUUAUCCGCAACAAAUGGACUCCAUGUAUUGAAUUCGAGUUGGAACAUGGUUUUGUGUACUGUGAGCACGGAAAUAUCCCUGGAUACUAUGAUGGACGAUAUUGGUCAAGUGUUGAAGGAAGUGAAAGAGUGCAAGAAUAA